CCUCUUUUAAAUAAGAUUGGUACGACCCAACCUGGCCGAGGCUGCAUGUGCGGAUGGAUGCAGUAAUAUCUUCCGAAUUGUAGUAUUUUAACGCUACUUCUGGUUUCUGUGAUUGACAACCGCUUGUCAAGUUUCAUAACACAAUGCCUCACAGAAGGAAGAAACCCUUUAUAGAGAAGAAAAACGCUGUAACCUUCCAUCUGGUACAUAGAAGCCAGAGAGAUCCAUUGGCUGCUGAUGAAACCGCUCCCCAGAGAGUGCUGUUACCUGCAGAUAAGAUUGAAAUUGAUAAAAGAAGGGAGGAACAGAGGAACUUUGGUGUUUUCUUUGAUGAUGAUUAUAAUUACCUGCAGCAUCUGAAAGAGGUCGGCCCUGCAGAACUUGUGCCUUCUCAAAACCACCGACCACAGAGCCGGCUCGUUGUGACUGAGGAGGGAGACAUAGAAGAGGAGGUUGAACUUAUUCCCGCGCCAUCUAUUAACUUGCCCUCUUCAGUUUUUGCAUCAGAGUUUGAGGAAGAUGUGGGACUAUUAAAUAAAGCUGCACCAAUUUUAGGUCCACGCCCAGACUUGGAUCCAGAUAUUGUGGCAGCUCUAGAUGAUGACUUUGACUUCGAUGAUCCAGAGAAUCAACUUGAUGAUGACUUCAUUAUACAGGCCAAUGUUGCUGAAGAUAGCUCUAAACAAUAUGAGGAAACUGAUGAUGGUGAAUGGGAAGAUGUUGAAAGUGAUGAGGAAGGUAGUGAGGAAGGUGACUUUGACUCAGAUGGCCCUAUGACAGAUGAAGAAGAUGGGGAAGGCCCUGGUCCCAUGAAAGAAUAUCUGUUCAUGAAGGAAGAGACCAAGAGUCGUUUUACAGAAUAUUCCAUGACAUCUUCUGUCAUUAGGAGAAAUGAACAACUUACUCUUCUUGAUGAAAGGUUUGAAAAGUUUUUUGAGCAGUUUGACGAUGAUGAGAUUGGUGCUCUGGAUAACGCAGAGUUGGAAGGAUUCAUUCACUCAAACAGCAGCCGGCUUCAGGAAGUCGUAAAUGAUUACUUCAAGGAGAAAGCCAAGGAUUGUGUAAAACUGGAAGACUUGAAGCCUGAAGAGGGACUGGAAUCGUAUAUAGAGGAUGAUGAGGAAGAAGAUAAGGAAGAGAUGCAAACUAUUGCUAUUGAGGAGCCGGGCGAGAAGUGGGAUUGUGAAUCCAUCUUAAGCACGUACUCAAAUUUAUAUAAUCACCCUCAGAUUAUCAAAGAUCCUCCAAAGCCCAGACCAAUUAAGGUUUCUGUCAAAACUGGGAUUCCUCUGGAUGUAUUACCUGCAAAAGGACCAACAGCCAAGCAAGUUGAGCGUAUGGAGAUGAUCAAUGAUAUUGACUUACCUAGGGUUUCAACACAGCCACGUUCCAAAGAAGAAAGUACAGAGGAGCGGAAAGCAAGGAAGCUAGCCAUAAAGGAGGAGCGCAAGGAACGCAGAGUGGAGAAGAAAUCUAAUAAAAUGGCCUUCAAGAUGGAGAAAAGCAGACAGGAAAAAGAACAGAUGAAUUUGCGACAUAACCUGCAGGGACUCAAGUUAUCAUGAUGUGGUUGGUAACUGAUAGUGAUCUCAUCUGACUUUUUGCUAACUCCAAAGGAAUAUCCAGUUUGGGUCUAAUUUUUGAAGAUGCUGUGAAAGACACACGAUUGACCAGCUGGGCUUCUGAAUGCACCUACAGAUCUCACAUGAGCAAAUUGUAAACAUAUUGUACAGAUUCACUGCAUUACGUUCUGCAACAACUGACUUUGCAGUAUUCAAGAUCCUACAGUUUAACUACUGUAAAUAUACUUUACUAUUUAUUGCUUUGCAGUAAAGCAUCUCUUACUUGUCAAAAGUAUAAAGCAAAAUAUGGACAAUCUGAAAAUUAUAGAAUUUACUACAAUGUCAUUUUUCUUUGACAGAAAUAAAAUACUUGUAUUUUGGAGUUA